UCAGGGAUUGCGUGUGCGGAACUAUCAUACCCACCGACAGAGUUGCCAGUGUUUCGCGCGUUCGUCUUCAGAGAUCUGCUGUUCAUCCCUUGACCUUCAGAUGCUGAUCACCAGAGUGCAGCACACUUGCUCAAGAAGGAAUCCUUCAAUUAUUUAAUUAUAAAAAUAAACGAAAUACUGUAUUGAGAAAGAAGAAGUUAAAACAAUCAAGCGGCAUAUUGAUUGGUGAAUGAUAUAAAAUCACGGAAUAUAUUGUGUGAUUUACAUAUAUAAUACGAAGCCGAGUCAUCAUGAGUGGGAAGCAGUCGAUUCUAAGCUUCGGAAUUCCUAGGAUCCACCCAUACCAACUGCCCUAUAAGAAAUACCCGUAUUCCCCGCGGGUCGAUGAACCGGAUGAUCCAUUUUCAACCAGGGAAUCCCCAACCCUCAACCAAAAUAAUGUAACCCUGUACCGAAUUUCGGACAAACUGAUGGACCCAGAUAACAAGCUCUUGGAAAAAACAAAGGACAGGACGAACAAAAGGAAGGAUUAA